AUGAAGGCCCUCUGCCUGCUGACGAUAUUUGUGCUGGGGCUGACCAGCGCCUCAUGGGAUGUCGACCCCAAGUCAGACCUGUCCACCUGCAAGUCUGCCAUGACCAAAUUGGUGCCUGAGCUCAAGAACAAGUUUGAUGGCUACACACUGAUCCUGUCCUUCCACGUGGUCAAGGGUGUGAUGCCUGUGACAAGCCUAAAGGACGGCACAGCCAUCAAGACGCUUGCGGGAGGCGCGUCUCUCAAAGUCACCAACGAUGGCGAAAACGUUGAGGUGGGAUCCACAUAUCUGGACCUGGACGGUCCUGAAGGCGACGACCCCAACCACACUGAUUACGUCAGCGCCGCAGACUACACGUUUGAGGGACAGUACAGCGCAAAGAGCAAAUACGUUUUGCACGUGUUGGACCGCGUCCUGGUGCCCACAAGCGCGGCACCCGCCAUCCGGCAGCUGUACAUCGCCAACACCGAGUAG